CCUGUUGAGUGUGUAUAUAUGUAGUAGCUAUAUAUAUGUUUAUACUGUUUAUUCUCCUCAGCACCCGACCAAGUUCAACCUCGCAGUGCGGACGUCAUUUAGUUUUUUAUGUCAACCAAUCAGGGCACAGAAGGCGGGGCUAAAUAGCAUGAAGCUAGGUUGACUCAUUAAGGGUGAGGUGAGGUGCAAACGUGGAUUGUAAGCAUCAUGACUUUUUUAAAUCAACUGCAGGGAUUAGUCACACUUGCCAUGACGGAAGGGGAAGCAGAAAACUUUCGUGGAAGCCCGGCGGGUGACGCGGCCACCCGGCGCGUGGAAUACGAAACGCCAAACCGCGUCGGGAAAGCGUCGGUUUGACAUCGCUGUGGUCCUAGCCUCUAUGUAACACCUGCUUCAACGCCAUUUAACAACAUACUACAAAUGACUAUGGCCUAUUCUCAGAUUCGGCUCACAUAAAGUAGCGUUUAGCCACCAAAGACAUGGAGGUGCACGAAGGGGAGAGACUGUGUGGGAAAUGGAGGUUUUCCUGUGGUUUGUACAGUUACAGCUGGAGGGAUGUGUUCACAUGGCGUCUGCUGAAGACCAUCCUCAUGGGGCAGGUCUUGUCCCUGCUGAUCUGUGGGACAGCAGUGAGCUGUGAGUGCCUGGUCAAGGCCGGGGUGGAGACGCCCAUGCUGCAGAGCUUCUUCAACUACGCCCUGCUGCUCCUCGUCUACACGACCACCCUCUGCACCCGCAAAGGUGACAGGAACAUCUUGCAAAUUUUAAGAACCAAGUGGUGGAAGUAUUUGCUGAUGGCUGUGGCAGAUGUCGAGGCAAACUACGCGGUGGUGAAGGCUUACCAGUUCACCACCCUGACGAGUAUACAGCUGCUGGACUGCUUUGUGAUCCCCGUGCUGAUGGUGCUUUCCUGGUUCCUGCUGAAGACUCGCUACAGGCUGGUCCACUUUGUCGCCGUGGCGGUAUGCUUGCUGGGGGUGGGCGCCAUGGUGGGAGCCGACAUCGUUGCAGAGAGACACCAGGGCUCCACCAAUGACGUGGUGCUGGGAGACGGCCUGGUCCUGCUCAGCGCCGUCCUCUAUGCGGUGUCCAAUGUGGGCCAAGAGCACACGGUGAAGAACUUGAGCCGGGUCGAGUUCCUGGGCAUGAUGGGCCUCUUCGGGACCCUCAUCAGCGGCAUACAGCUGGCCGCCCUGGAAACCCGCGCCGUGGCGGCCAUAAAAUGGAACCUUCCCAUCGCCGUGCUGUUUGCGGUCUACGCCCUGUGCAUGUACGCGCUCUACAGCUUCAUGCCCGUGGUGGUGAAGGUGACCAGCGCCACGGUGGUCAACCUCUCCCUGCUCACCGCCGACCUCUUCAGCCUCUUCUGUGGCCUCUACUUCUUCGACUACACGUUUUCCACGCUGUACAUCGUCUCGUUUCUCGUCAUCACCGUGGGUUUCGUCAUGUUCAACGCCGCUCCCACCUACUCCGCUCUGCCGCAGUCCGGCUCUGGCGAAGGCGAGGACGAGGACGACGGCGCCGGACCCGCCGAGGUGGCCGCCGACCUCGCGGCCGAGAGCGCCUCGGACCCCCGGAUGUCCGCGGGCGGAGACGCUCCGGGGGCCGAGACGCCGCGGGCUGCGUUGUGACAGGACUACGGGGUGUGGUGUACCGGUUGGACACGUUUUCAGCUCAGCCGCCACGUUACCUUAUUUUAAGGAAUUUGAAAGCGAUCUCAAAGUUGUAUUCUUGUUGCCUAUGGUGCAGUUACCAUUUUUAUUUGAUAAGCUCCCAAACUGUAGAUUGCAAAGGUUUUUUUGGGAUGAAAAGCAUGUUGACGUGCAGAGGUUUCACUUUUUUACAAUUAAAUAGAUUUUCAUUUAAAAAAACUGGGUUGUCAUCCUUUUCCAAUGACUUUGACUUUGGAUGACUGUUUGGUUGUUGUGAUAAUUACCUGUAAUGUAUGUGUUUUUAAUGCCUCUGGUCACAGUUGGGUUGCCUCAAUACAUCCGUCUUGUUCUCUUAAACACUAUUUGUCAGGAACAUCUUGAGGGAAUUUCUUCAAAAAUCAAAUGCAGAAUAGAAUGCAACGAUUUGGAGAAAAAUUGAUGUGAACUACAAAGCAAAAAGAGUGACAUGUUUUCCUUUCAUCUCAGUCACUUAUUUAUUUCAAAGUGAACUAUUCUGGACACUCAUGACACAUUCCUCCCCUUUACAGUUUUAUAAAUUUCAGUUUCAUAUUACUGAACUAAUCGAUUAGCUAAUUUAACUAAACGGGACAUGAGGUCAAAUUGGUUUCCAAGAAACUGACAUUCAUUUUAUGUAACAAUGUAAUGAGUUUCUGGCUUAGUUUAGUAUGAUGCUGUGGUAACUUGAAGGAAAGUUCAUGAUUCUCUGAAAUGGAUAAAUCCACUUUAAAUGAAAUGAAUUAAGGCUGUUGCACUGCCCCCAAGUGGCCAGAAAAAGUUGUUGCAAUUUAAAGUGGUAGAGGGACACGGGUAUGAAUGGCCUAUAAAUGCUGCUCUGACCCCUGUAGCAAUUUGCCAGAGGUCACAGGUCACUGA